AUUUCAUGCAUAAAAAAAUAUCUACUUAGCAUGCGCAGAAACAUACAUAUAAAUGGCACUGAGUUUUCUCAGGCUAAUGAAAACUUUUCGUUUAGGUGUACAUAAAUAUUGGGAGAAAAGGUUUUCCUUCAUAAAUAUUCCAAAAAAAGUUUCAAUUCUGAAAAUCAUAGUAAAAAAUGUCAACAUCAUUAUAAAAUCAUACGUAUCUAGCAAAAAUGACAAAAAUAUUGACGUUGCAUUAAAUUUUGUUUUAUAGAAAAAGAGAGCAUUGUUGUCUAAAAAAAAGUCUUAAUUUUACUUGAAAAAUAACAUCUGAAGAGGAAAAACAUCCAAUAUGACUAUCACGGAUAGUAUAACGCCGAAUAAAAGAGUAAAUGAAUACGAUGCUAAUGAACUUACACAGUAUGCUGAAAUGCAAUUGACAAGUCCUGAAUCCAGGAUAAAUUUAACUGAGCUAAGUCCGGAUUCUAGUGCAUAUUCGAUUCAGUUGACUAUUCCGUUCAGAAAGUUGUGUGUUGGAACAUUGCUUCUACCAUUAUGUUCAAUGUUUAUUUGCUUUACAACAGCGUACAUUUUCCAGUCAGAUGACAUUCAUGAAACUCAUUGUCGAGUUUACAAUAUAAUUCCUUCCAUUAGUGCAAUCACUGGUAUUUCCCCACAAAGGUAUUUAUGGCGUAUCUCGAUUGCAAUUCAUGUUGGGCCUCGGUUUUUAAUUGCCUUCGCUUAUCGCAAUUUUUAUAACCAAACAAUACUGACAAAUGCUGCGAACAUUUCUUCAAUGACAACUGUUAAGCGUCUCAUAAACACAUUGUUUUAUCUAAGCAUUAUUGAGAUUAUUGCACUUACUGGAGUGACUUACAUUUCCAAUAAGGAAAAUUAUCCAAUCCAUGAAAAGAUUUUCAUUACAUUUAUGGUAGCAUCUUUGCUUUAUAUGUUGUUGACAAUAGUUUUGUGGAAAAAAUUGUAUCCAAAUGGACCACCAACUGCUGAAGAAGUGUUUUCAUUGAAGUUGAAAAAAAUAUUUUUCGUAUUAUCAAUAUUAAGUGCAAUUUCCCUUGUAAUAUUUUUCGCAAAGCAUCGUUUCUUAUGUCACGAUAUGGCUUUUAGUUGGUUCGCUACAUCUGAGUACCUCGUGGCAUUAUUUAAUAUGGCCAAUCAUAUAACAUCUGUCUUCGAAUUUUCUAACAAUCACUUAAUGGUUACCAAAAAUAUUGUAAAUCAGGAUAUAAAUGCAAGUGAAAAAACUCAAGAUGACAAAAAAAUAAAUUGAAAUCUCCCUAAUUUAGUGAAACAAUUUUAAUGUUAAAAUUGAUUGUUUAAAUUUAGUUUUUGAAUACAAAAAGAAGCGCUACAAUUACUUAGUCUCACCAUAUAGUAUAAUAGAAUAAUGCAAAAAAUAUUUAUUAACAUAUCAAUGAGAAAUUUCAUUUAAUUUUAAACCAAAGAUAAAAAAUACUUAUUUUUUUUUUAAUUUUCAAAAUUAAAAUGAUUAAGUAUAUAAACACAGAAACGUUAACAGUUUAAAAACAUGAAAAGAUGUAGUUGCAUUUUAACAGAAUAUC